AUUUAUUUACUCAUUUAUCCAGGGAUGGCAACAACGAAAUCCGUCGUCGGUAUUGUUUUACUUCUUUGUUGCUGCAGUGGAUCUUUUGCGGGAUUUUAUCUGAAAUCUUUAUCAUAUACAAAACUUCCAGCAACCAUAUCUCCAACGGAAACCUUUAAAAUGUUUGCGGGUACUGCUGAGGAAGCAGCCUAUGAUCCAACAAAUGAAAUGUUAUAUGUUGUUGGUGAAGAUUCCGGUCUAAUGCACGUAAUUGACGUAUCAAAUCCCGAAUCGCCUCGUAUAGCAGCAACUCACACUUUCUCCAAGAGUGCUGACGGUAAACCCCGAGAUGUUGCUGUAUGUGGAACAGAAGUUGCUGUUGUUUUGUCUUCACCUAUAAAGGAUGUGUAUGAGGGACAUGUUUACUUCUUCCAUACACUAACCAGAGCAGAAUCACAACUUCAAUAUGACGGCAAACUUCCAGUGGGUCCUCAUCCAGAUAUGAUAACUUUCAAUCCAACUUGCACACAAAUUCUCGUGGCCAAUGAAGGACAAGUUGGUUUGAAUAUAGCCAAUCAGUUUUCAGAUCCACCAGGAACAGUAACUAUAAUACAGAGAGAGAGAUAUGGAAACCCUUCAGAACAAACAGUUGAUUUUUCAAAAGGAGAAGGACAAUAUAAUCUGCGAAGACCUUCAUAUUAUAUUCCACCUAAUAUUUGGCCAAGUACUCCACCAACUUUUACUCAGGACGCAGAGCCUGAAUAUAUCGUUGUUUCUCCUGAUGGGAGAGUAGCCUAUAUCAUCCUUCAGAAAAACAAUGCCAUAGCAAAACUCGAUCUUAAAACAUUUGAAAUGAAAUCUAUAACAGCUAUACCUAGAAAAGAAUGGCGGAACGAAGGAUUGGAUCCUAGUGAUAGAGAUGGUGGUGCACAUUUAAGCAAAUUUCCAUUAUUUAGUAUUAAACAACCAGAUAAUACAAAGAUACUAACAGUUGGAAAGACAAACUAUUUAAUAACUGCUGAUGAAGGCCAUUAUAUUACAUACACUAGGUCAAAGCAUGGUUUUGAUUGGAGUGACCACAAGAGAGCAGAUUUGUUAACCAGAGGUAAAAAAUUCGACGAAAACGCAAUAAACAAUCAGACUUUCAUCGCCCAACUUACAGCUGACAGUAAAGCAGGUAGAUUACAAGUUAGCCAGACAGAGGGAUAUAAUCCUUUUACACAGAAACUUUCCAGAGCUUCCCAUUUUGGUGGCCGUGGAUUUUCAAUUUGGAAUGCAGAUUCACUUUCAUUAAUUUAUGACUCUAAAGACGAAAUUGAGAAAAAGACAGAUCUGUUAUUCCCUGAUGUGUUUAAUAGUGAUUGUAUACCAUCUACAAUUACAUACCAGUCUCCCGCUAACCUGAAAGACACAACCUCUGACGAUAUGGGUCCAAAGUUAAAUGCCUUAGAUGUGGUAACAGACAAUGAAGAUACCUUCUUAUUGACAGGCAGUGAGACAAGUGGUGUCCUUUUCCUUUAUUCAGUCAACACUACUUCUGGUUACCCUAUACCAAAGUUUGAGAGUGCUCACAGAGCUGGUCUAACAGACUAUGUUUGGUCAGAACUUUACGAAAUGAAUGAAGCUGGAGAUGCUCAAAUAUCAUCAAUCGGCAUCAUAAAAUCUAGUGAACACAGAGCCAAUAAGACAAUGGCAUACGUUGUGGGCAGUGCAUCUGGUACAGUGUCUCUGUAUGAAAUCAAACGAACCUCAUAAAAACUAACGACUAUUAUACUCUCAAUAAAGAAUAAUGUAUGGAA